AUGGCGUUGCAUGGCAAGAAAGCAAGGUAUCACGCCAGCAGUGAAUCGCCUCAACAUCCUCACGAGUUGAACGCAACAUUACCUGAACGUUUUCGCCAUCCCAAUGAAAGCUCGUCAGAUGUACAUACACAGUAUCCCCGCGCACGAGGUGGGCGCCACUUAACGACAGUUCACGACUACUUCAAAGCUGCUGCUGCUCCAUGUGAUAGCAGCGAUAGGUGGUAUCACCGGCCAGAAAUUCCGUCAUCCGGAGAGAUAUGUCCUUUUCUUGGUUCAGAAAUCAUUGACAACAACGAACUCCCGAAAAACUUGAUCAAGGGCCCAUGGCCGUCCAAGGAUGCCUACCUGGAAGCCCAGUACCGCCUUGUCCGAGAGGACAGCACACGCGCAUUAUGCGAUGCGGUAGAGGCUCUACAUCGAAAUCCUAAUGGACUUGAGGCAGACUUUGCCGACUCAAGAUUCGGCAUUGGCACAGGUAUCGGUAUUUAUGAAAAGGUUACCCCGGUCGCUUUUACAACUGCUCCGGCUCGUGGUGUCGCUGUCAGAGUGGUGUUCUCACUCCGCCGCGUCGGCAAGAAAAUAAGAUGGGAACAGUCAAAGCGGCUCAUAAGCGGUACUCUUGUUGCUCUCUCACCCGCCGCAGACUGUUUUCGGAGUCGAUGUGUCAUGGCGGUCGUUGCUGCGCGGCCUCUAGACUUACUCGGUGAGUAUCCCCCGGCUGUCGAUCUUUUCUUCCCUAAUGAUGAGGAAAUGUGUCUCGACUCCAAUGAAGACAUGAUCAUGGUUGAAAAUCGAGCCGCCUAUUUUGAGUCUGAUCGUCACACAAUGGUAUCUCUACAAAAGCUCAUGAAGGAACCGUUUCCCCUCAGCGAGCACAUCGUAGAUGUGCAGCAAGAAGUAGAGCCACCACAAUACUUCUGCGAUAAUCCCCGCCUCAACCUGGGCGCGUUUGUCAGUGACUCAUUCGCCGAUCGAGACAGGUUUCAACACAUAGAUGUACUCAAAUCUUGGCCAAAUGAGAUCGUAUUUAGUGGCAUGGAUGCCUCACAGCAGUCUGCGCUGCAUAGGAUCCUAACUAAACGUGUCGCGAUCAUUCAAGGGCCUCCUGGUACCGGUAAGACGUAUGUUUCGGUCAUGGCCCUAAGGAUAAUGAUGGGUCAUUCGAGAGCCGGCGACCCCCCGAUCGUAGUGGCAUGCCAAACCAACCAUGCGCUUGAUCAAAUCCUUUCCAAAGUAGCUGAUUUUGCGCCUGACAGCUUCAUACGUCUUGGAGGUCGUUCUAAAGGCGGAGAUGUGAUCAAGAGACGAACGCUUUUCGAAGUGCGGAAACAGAAUGGCGGAGGGGCAGGUGUCCCUUUAUGGCUCAGAAAGGAUAUGAGAAAUAUUGAAAUAAAGAUGCAAGAAGCCUUAUCCGUCCUUAAGCCACCCGAGGGUCCCGACGAAGCUGCCGAACCGUUUCCCUUGGAUAAGCUUCGGGAACUCGAUAUAAUCUCUCAAGAUCAGUAUCAGUCUCUCCUGGAAGAUGAUCCAAAGUAUAAUCACACGAAGGACACGGGAGAAGGGUCAAGGCUUUUGGUCUGGGCAGGCAGUCAAUUGAGACAGAUAACACCUGCUACUGACCGCAUUGACGAAGCUGUAUUACCUUUCGAAGAGGUUGACUUGGAAGAGGAAGAAGUGGAAGAACGAGAAGCAGAAUUCCAAGCCAAAGAUGAUGAGCGAGAUAUCGAGGCACUCAAAGGCCACACUCAAUACAUCACCAAUAACUGGGCCGCGGACAGCUUUGAAGACUUUACGGAUGAACAGGUGGAAGCUCUCCUGGCAAAGCACAAAAACCUUUGGUCGAUCAAAAAGCGUUUCCGGGGGACAGUUUUCGAGUACUUCCAGCGUCGAGGGAAAGAGAGAGUGUUGGCAGGAUUCCGCUCCCUAGCCACAGAGUACAGAAAAAUGGUUCAAUCGCGUAAAGCAUACAGUUGGCAAUCGGAUGCGGAGCUUUUGAAGGCGGUGAAAAUAAUUGGAGUCACUACGACAGGUCUCAGCAAAUACCGCCCUAUGCUCACAGCUUCGCAUCCGCAAAUCGUACUGAUCGAAGAAGCUGCUGAGACACUGGAAGCUCCUGUCACUGCUGGUUGUUUCGAAUCGGUCCAACACCUCAUUCUUGUGGGUGACCACAAGCAGCUCCGUCCCCACUGUAAUCUCAAAAAACUUGAGAAAGACGAUUAUAACUUCAACAUUUCACUUUUCGAACGAUUGGUCGAAAACAAGGUCGACUUCACCACCUUGCGUAUGCAGCGACGUAUGAUUCCCGAGAUACGCCAAAUCCUAGACCCAAUCUACGGGAAGAAUUUCAUCAUUGAUGAUCCAGGCCUCAGCGAUUCUGAAAUAAGGCCACCUGUGCCUGGAAUGGGCGAUUGUAGCUUGUACUUUUACACGCAUGAAUAUGAGGAAAGUCGCGACGACUUGUCAUCAUGCCAGAACGUCUUCGAAGCCGACAUGAUCUAUGCAUUCUGCAGAUAUCUCAUCAUGAAUGGCACGCCCGUGGAACGAAUAACCUGUUUGACCUUCUACAACGCACAGAGAAAGUUGCUCCAGGCAAAGUUGAAAGAAUAUUUGGGGCGCGACAGCACCAACGUUGUCACCGUGGACUCCUAUCAAGGCGAAGAGAAUGAUAUUAUCAUCCUGUCUCUGGUGCGGAAUAAUGGCCGUGGUAGCAUCGGCUUCCUUGAAGUCGAAAACAGAGUGUGCGUUGCGCUUUCUCGUGCCAGGCGAGGACUCUAUAUAUUUGGGAAUGGCGAGCUUCUCGCUGGUGAAAGCCGAUUAUGGUCUCAAGUCAUAGACAUACUAUUUCGGCGCAAAUACACCUCAGGUGCUACGAAAACGAGACGUCGGAUUGGAUAUCAUGUCACUCUGCAAUGCGUCAAGCAUGAUAACAAAACUUUCAUCGAAGAAUAUAACGACUGGGAGGGCGUCGAUGGGGGUUGCCGCUGCAAGUGUCGUGAGAAGCGCAGCUGCGGUCACCCAUGUCAGCUUCACUGUCACGCUUUCCCGUGUGACGACAUUGUUUGUGUUAUUGAAUGCAGUACCUUGCUCCCAUGUGGGCACACACUUAUUCAACCCUGCGGAGCAAUAUUAGUCUGCCAAGAUUGCCCACCGGCUGGCACGGAAUUUAACAGUCCGCCAAAGAAGAGGCUUCCGCGCACCGAGAAGAUUGCAAAGGCGUCUGAAAGUACGUUGGCCAGUUCUGAGACCUCUGAUCCUCUAAAGUGGCAAGGCUAUGCAAGGCGGCAGGCCAAGCAGGAGGACGCUGAACUAGAGCGUAAUGCAACGGAAUUUCGACGACAGAACCACGUCUCCCUUGCUGACAUCGAGAUUCGCAACCAGCAUGGCUCUCUUGUCGAAAGGUCUUCUUUGUCGAAAGAUCAGGAAGCUACUUUUAACAUAUCAUCGACUCCCUUGAGAAGCAAGGAAGUUCACACAUGGAAACACAAAGCAACUUCCCAAGAUACAAGCUACCGACUUGGAGACAACCCUUUUCCUUUUGCGGGUCCGUCUGCUGCCUCAAGCAUACCCACGACGAAGCUACCUCGUUCUGUCCAUGACCUCAGUGAAACAAGUCGUCGUGCAGCAUACUCAUCAACGUCCAGAAAUGCAGGGUACCCACGAGCCAUGACCGCAUUGUCGCCUCAGGGCCGUUCAAGGCCUGAAAUAGUCCAUACCCGAGAUGAUCCAUGGGACAGACCCACUGAGAUCGAUUACAAUGAUAACUUCCCAGCCAUGGGAACCAGAGGGACCGAAUUUAAUAUCCAAAUUGCACCUGGUCAACAGCAGCCAAGCCGAUGCGCCACAGCAGAAGUAUCAGCACCAGUAGCAGCAGGGACUCCGAGAGUCUUCAACAGCCAGACCGACUCGAAGAACAAGAAGAACAAAGGCAAGCCAAAACGAGUACCACACGUGCUAUCGAGCCUACAUUCAAAUCCGACACAUGACGCUGGCACGCAUUCAGCCCAAUCUCAAUUACUGUACGCCUUUCCAGACAGGGACACUCGAGCACCACCUGUUGACGAACCUCUCCUGAAUCCUUGUGACGACGAUGAACCGAUACCCACCCAGGCGGAGCCAUGGUCCUGCACAGAUGGCCCGAAAAUGGGUAAAUUGAUCGAUAUCGAUUGA